AGUCUGCUGCAAAUUCCUCCUCAUCAGAAGAAGUAAACAUGUCAUUUCCGGGAUGCGAUGCAAUCGAUACCUCUGAAGUGUCUCACGCUGCAAUUUGAAAGCUGUAUUUGUGACCGCCUGCUAAAAGACAGCGACUUCUACGCGUGAAGAAACAUUACUUAUAUUAGGUGCUAACGUAAGUCUACCGUACGACGCUUCCGCCACUAAGAUGAAGAAAAAGAACCCAGAGAAGAAACGCCAUGUGGUGGCCUGGGUCAACAAAGCUGAGUGGGAUCAAGUUCUGGAGUAUCUUUACUCAAAGGAUUCCGCCUUACAGAGGUAUGCACUGCAGAGGAUAUCAGCUUGGAAAGGCAGAUAUGCCAGCAGCACUCCUGUCGCAGUGGAGUGCACAGCGGACCUGGUAAGGUGCCAAGUGUUAGACAGGUCCGGCCAGCUGGACGGAGAUGAUCUGGUCUUGCUUUACGGAGCGGCCCUGGUGAGGUUUGUCAAUCUGAUUACAGAGCGGCAACAAGGGAAAACAGCCCGUCCGCUCCGGCGACUGGCUGGUAACUUAAACAUCCCAGAGUGGGUGGUAAACCUGAGGCAUGAUUUCACACACCGGAAGCUCCCCACCUUGAAAUGGUGCCGAAAAGGAUGUAAGGUGGUUCUGGAGUGGCUGCAGCAGGAGUACUGGUCCAGGCAGCUGGGAGGAGGGGCUAAUGAGGACUGGGAAUCACAGCCGGAUGGAGACGAUGAAGAGAUUGAUAGAGAAGACGCGCUUAUUGCAAGGCAAAAAGAAAUGGAAGCCUACAAGAAUGCACGGGGGCUUCUGAUAUCGUAUGAAAAGGAGCAGUACCAGACUUUUGAAGACAAAGACAAGAGUUUGUGCCCAGCCCCUUUUGCAGACAUGAGCUGGCUGCUAGGUGAGAUCAAGCAGUUUGCCCUGGAGUCAUGCGAUUUACUGAUUGACGUGUUGUUGGAAGAUGGCUUUAUUAUUCCUACUGUUGAACAACUUGAAACGUUAGGCUGUAGCACUUGUGACAAUGCAUGUCCCACUGAACCCAGACUCCCUCAAACCUUCCUGCGUUUUUGGCUGCCACUCCUGAAGAUGCUCAACUCGCCAUCCUUUAUUCACCUCCUCCUGGAGAAGCUCUUUGUUGAACUGAAGCUUCUUGCCAAAGAGCAGAAUAACCACCGGGUUUUCUACAUUUCUGCUUGGAUUUCAGAGGUCAUCCUUUGUAACAGCAACAAAUUUGAAUACCAUUUUGAAACAAAGGUGCAGAAAAAGGCCAGAAUUAAGGACAGGAUUUUUGUAAAUCGCAUCCAGCUGAGGUGGCAGCAGCUGCUCUCAGCAUGCCUGGAUGCUCCCUGUAUCAGCACGCCUCACUUGCUCCAGUUAAUCCUAGAUGACAUGGAGCAUCCACUCCCUCUGGAAACUCGACAGAGGCUGCUCCAGCUCUGCUCCAUCUAUACACAGACUGCACAGUCAGAAUCUGAGACUUCUCUGGAACGGAAACAACAGCCAAUAUACACACUAGAGAAUUUGCAUGAGAAGCUGAAGCAUUCACGGCGCCACAGCCAUCCUUGGCGUUCUACAGCUGACCUGGAGAGGAGCGAGUCCUCUCAGGCCUACAAAUGGACAGAUGUUCAGGCUGAAAAAGCAAAAUUGCUCAGAGGUUCUCCAUGGCAGGUGUGCACUGAUAAAGUUUUGUGGAAGAACUACCCUCUUGGUAAAGUCCCUGGACAGUCAGAUGACCCUUCAUGCCUCAUGGCAGAAAACUACUCAACAAUGACUGUGUUUGACCAGCCGGUGGAGUUGGAGAGCAGUGCCGCACACAGUGUCCCAGGAGUCUCAGCACCAGUGAGAACAUCUGGUGGCCUCCUUUGGAACCACAGUGACAUUAACAAGCUGAAAUCUGGACUGCAGCUUUUUUGAGUCAUGUUGUGAUGCUGUGAAAUAUAUUUCUUUAGCUCUUGGCACAUUAUUUAACUUGUGCUUUGUUGUUGUGACACAUGGAAAAAAGAAAAUACUCAAAAUGUGUAAACUUCAAAACUAAACCAUCAAUACCAGUGUGUUGCUAGUUUUUUGUUUUUUUAAAAAAAAGAAAAGUAGUGGAUUAGAUGAGUCACACAAAAGCCAUUUAUCAGAAUCAUUUAUCAGACAGAAUUCCAGCUGUGAAUAUUUGCUGCAUUUCCCUGUUUUAUAUCAUUUGGGAUUGCAACUAUUGGUUAUUUUUAUUACAAAUUAAUAAUGAUUUUUUUUUCAAUUAGUAAGAUAUCAGAGAGGAGUGAGUAAAUGCCUGUUGUAAUUCCCCAGAACCCCAGGUGACAUCAUCAAAUGACUUGUUUCAUCUGACCAACAGUCCAAAGCCAAGUUUUUUCUUACAUUUCUGAUAUUUUAUGAACAAAACAUUUCACUCAUUAGUUGAUUUAAAAAAAAUGUUGGAGCUGAAAUUUUUUUUUGUUGUUGUUGUGGAUGUGUUGUUAAGUACAGCAUUGGUAAAAAUCUUCAUAUAGUGUUCUGUGUCUACAGUAUUUUCAGCAUGUGGCGAAGAUAAAGUUGGAACUAGUGGCUUUAACACAUCCCAUAAAAUACACAUACUGCACAUGGUAUGGUAAGAAUGUGAGAUUGAACAGGGGUACAGUCGAUUCAUUAAGAUGCUGUAUUAAGAGUAAAGUGAGUUCUUUUCUUUUUACAACUGUCAUGCAAGUUAAGUUGUGCUGUUGGUCCCUACAGAGGCCUUUGGAGAAGAUGCCUUUAAAGUUGAAAACCCUGGCAAAGGGGAUAUUAUUCUAAGUAAAAGGUGGUUUUAUGUAAUUCAUCUUCUUUCACAUACUUAUGUUCAAUAAAACUUUGUUCUGCUUAA